AUUCUCACACCGUAUGUCAUUUACUCCGAAGCGCCUGUCAACACGACAUGCUUUUGUUAUCGCUGCGUAGUGAACAUUUUUCUCGUAUAAUCUAAACCUUUUGGAGGAAUAGCCCUUGUUUUUCAUUUAUUAGUGUUAAGAGAAGUCGCCUUCUGCACCAGUGAGUGUAAAGGCUAGACUUUCACAAGGUUUCGUACGUUGCGGUUCUCGCUGAAAAUCUUUUUUUUUUCCUCGUCAAAGUAUCUGUGAUUUUUGUAGAUUAAAAUGAAGGCUGUUAUUUUCGUCGUCGCUGCCCUACUGGCUGUUUGCAUCCCCAUUUCUGCGAAACAAUGCAAUGUGAACCCUGUGAACAUUCCAAAGGGAUGGAUAACAAUGCAGCAGAGCUGUCGAGGCAGCAUGCGUCGUCAGAUACAGACUGAAGUUGGCGCGUCGCUGCAAUAUCUGGCUAUGGGUGCUCACUUCUCUAGGGAUGGGGUAAAUAGGCCAGGUUUUGCAAAGCUGUUCUUUGACGCUGCAUCCGAGGAGAGGGAGCAUGCGAUGAAAUUGAUUGAUUAUUUGCUAAUGAGGGGUGAACUGGAUACUGACGUCACCUCGCUUAUACAAAUCAGGGCUCCUGAACGUAAAUCCUGGGAGAGUGGUGUGGAUGCUCUGGAGCACGCUCUGAAGAUGGAGACGGAGGUCACCAAGAGCAUUCGUUCCGUCAUCAUCGCCUGCGAAUCUGAUCCCAAGUUCAACGACUAUCAUCUUGUGGAUUAUCUGACUGGUGAAUUCUUGGAGGAACAAUACAAGGGCCAGAGAGACCUCGCGGGCAAAGCGUCCACCCUCAAGAAGAUGCUGGACCGUCACUCCUCACUCGGAGAGUUCCUUUUCGAUAAGAAACUCCUUGGAAUGGACAUUUAAAAACAUACAAAUUAAAUUCAUUAAAAUUGUCUGAUUUUUAUUCUAGCAACACCAAUUUGUUAUUAAAACUCAAUAUCUCUAGUACCUUUGUCUUAAUAUUAAAAAAAAACAUAGAUUUCCAAAUUCAAUUAAUAGAUUUUAAACGCAUUUAGACAUUGUACAAAAAAAAAAACAAUUAGAUAAUAAGUAGUAUUUUCUCCACUAUUAUGUGAUAAAAUAAUAAUUAUAAAAGGUAGCCAUUUUUUUCAACUUGUCAAUUUUGGCGCGUCUUUUUGUCAAAGACGCUUGAUAUUUAUUGUUAUAAAUUACCCAAACUUUUGUAGUCGGAUUGAGUUUUUGUUUAUUUUUUUCUUAUAAUAAAUUUUAAUCAUCUAAAA